AUGGAAUUUCCCUAUAAAAAGCGGCAGAGAAUACCAGCAUCAUGCUCAGUCUGUAGAAAGCGGAAGUCAAAGUGUGAUAGAAUAAAACCAGUUUGUGGAUCAUGUAAAAAGAAGUCGAUUGCACAUCUUUGCUACUACGAAUCUGAUAAAGUUGAAUUAAGUCCUAAUGAUAUGAAUUAUGGGGGAAUAGGGCCUAUAAAAAGAAAUUCUCCUGGUGAGCCUCCGCAAAUUGGACAUCCAUUCCCGGAUACGAAUGGUAUACAAGGGCUAUAUAAAUAUGGACCCAAUGGCAAACCCGUUAAUAGUGAAGGAUUCAUUCCACCAAUACUGCCGUAUGGUGUCUCUGGUAAUGUACCAAAUGUGUCAGACCGGAUGUAUGCUGUGGGAAAUGCUCCUCAAAUGAACCCUCAACAUCAUAAUAAUCAACAAAAACCUCAAAGUCAACCGAAUCUUCCAGGUCAACAUCAAGUGCACCAAACUGCUCAUCAACCACAUCAACCACAUCAACCAUUCACUCAGAACCACACGAGCCCAAUUAAUCAAGGAAUGCAACCACCACCACAACCAUUACAGCAGCAGAUACCUCAACAACACCUGCAGCAGCAAUUUCCUAGACAAAACCUGAUUGAUCGUCCAAUACCAAAUUACAAUGUACCUCAUCAGUUCUAUCAAAAUAAUGGGGGUUCAUCAUCACUACCUUUCCCUAGUGGCAAUUUUGAUACAGCAAACAGCGUCCAUACAAGUAGACCAAGUGUGGAUAGUAAUAUGGAACAACAACUGGAGCCUGGUGCUUCCACUCCAAAUUUAGUUGAAAUUUCUAUUGGUCCAAAUUCAACAUUACAAGUUGAUCCAAAUGAUCGAAUUGAUGUCUUUUCUAAUGCUAGUUUUUCCUUUCUGGUUGAAGGGCCUUUGUUACAGCAGCAAGGUCCAUUAUCUUAUAUUGGAUUGACUAAGAGUGAUCCGUUUUUGAAGUUUAUCCGAAACUAUGCCAUUACAUUAUUCAAAUCCGGCAGUAUGUCACAAUUUAUAGAAAGUAAGUCAAUGAAACGGAGAAAAAAAAAGAACACUAGUGCAAGAUCACCCGGUGCUAAGAAUUCAAAGAAAACAGAUGGAUUUAAAGCCAAAUUUGACACACCUGUUUCUAUUAAUUCCGAUUCAUUACAAGAGAAUGUAAAAUCGCAAAAAGUUGGAGACACGAACCCCGUUAAAUUAGAUGGGGUUGACAAAAACUACACUAAUACUAAUGACGAUGCGGAAGAAAAGAAUAAGGAUGAACAAACAAUAGAAGAGGAAGAAGGUGAAGAUGGUGCGGAAGAAUCGGAUGUGGUGGUUGAAGAUGGUCUCAUAGUUACUAAAAUUAAGGUAAAGGAAGCAUAUACGAAUGCUUCAGAAGAUAACGAAAAAACACAUAGGAUACCACAAGUAUUACCUGGCUUAAAAUCAUUAUACCAAAGUAAUGAAAUAAAGCAGGAUUAUUUCGAGCUUACAGGUGAAGCUAUAGUUGGGAUUUUACCGGAGAAAAAGAAUAUGUUCAUGCUUUUUUGCAGAUUUUUUAAGUACGUCUACCCAUUUAUCCCUAUUGUGGACGAAAGCAGUUUGAUUAUUGAUAUAAACCAUGUGUUACCUGAAAGGUUUCCUACAUUGAAAGCUGAAGAACGUUACAAAAAAAUUGAAAUAAAAAAUCAGAACGAUUUGGUUAUUUUAGGAAUUGUCUUACUAGUCAUUCGAUUGGGAUAUAUGAGUUUGAUUCAUAAUGACGAAACAAAUAAUGGAUUAAAUGAAGACGAAAGAAGCAUGAUCGCUGAUAUGCAAAGAAUUAACCCUCAAGAAUACAUUAAUGUUGUCAAUCUCUGCAUUCCGGAGGAACAAACUUCUCAAAAGAGCUCGUUCAAGUUAAUGCAGUGUUUGACUCUCAUGUAUUUUUAUAGACUGGUGACUCCAGAUGAUUGUCUCGGUUUAGGUGGGACUGAUUCCCAAAUCCUUUUUGGAACCAUAAUGAAACACGCUUUUGCAAUUGGAUUAAACAGAGAUCCCACUAAAUAUGUCGCCCAUGAGAAUAUCAGUCAAAAUGUUCUGUUAACUAAGUCAUGGAGGGCUCUAUGGCAUUACCUAGUGUCUUAUGAUGCCAUGAAUGCGAUACAUUCAGGAACCGUUUUGAAUGUUCAAAAUUUAGAUAUGAGUGAUGUACAAUAUCCUAACUUUGAUAGCAAGACUGGGAAAAUAAAGGAAGCGUUAUUUAAUAUUAAGCUCAUAUGUGAAUCAUACAGGAGCCUUAGCAACUUGAUAUCAAGUGUACAGAUCAAACCUAAAGUUGUUGAUAUUUUGGCAGAAACAAAUAAAUUGGAAAGACUAUUCUUCAAUUUUUUUGGGAAGGAUUUCUUUAAGGAUUAUAUCUGUCAACCAGCUAAGCCUUCCGUCAACUUACAAUCACCGAUAGACAAUAGCAUUUCUAGCGCAGAACACGAAGAAGCUUUCUUGAAGGUUAUUAUGUAUAUUGCUUUUGUGCAAUUAAGAACCAACUUAUCUUGCAUGUACUAUAAAAUUGCCAUUUUUUAUGAAAAUGAACAUACAAAAUCAAAUAAUUCAUCAAUAGGUGCGGGGUUUGAAUUAUUUAAGAUUUACAUCAAGAGUGUUGUUCAGCUAAACUAUAUUAUGUCUUACGUUGUUGAUAAUUCUGUGGAUGUUUUCGGACGUAAUUUUGAUUAUAUUUUGACGGCCAAUAAUGAGAAGUAUAUGAUAAAAACUCACGCAUUUUUAACGUCCUUUUUUAUAAGAUUAAUGCACCAUAAGAAGGUUUUGGCAAUUAGACUUAAAAAUGAGAAAGAGGGAUACAAUAUGAAUACUAGCUUAAAGUUAGAAGUAACUGGUACAUUGUUCAAAAUGGUUCUUGUUGAGGCUGAACUAUAUGUUGGAAAUUUCAGAAAGCUAAGCAAAAAUUACAUUAAUUCUUACAGGCUUUAUGUCAUGACAUAUUUUGUGUUGAAACAAUGCAUGGAAGAUCCCGAUGUAUUCUUCGAAAGAUCCAUGAAACACGCUCAAUUUUAUCAUGAUGGCACUAAUAUGAUAGAAUUCUUUUCAACUGCAGAGUUACAACAUUUGGUCAAGUUAUGCGAAGAAUUCAAAAUCGCGAAAGAUGAACAAGAGAAAAUUCAUAAACGCAAGGAAGCCGUUAGUCCUGAUUCUGUUAGAACUUAUCCAACUCCUAUGAAUUACAUGAAUCAGAUGAAGAGCCUUGAUUCUGAGUAUAGCGAUUUUACGCAAAGUAGUCAAAACCCCUCGUCUACCGUUCAAUCAUCUCCAGUUGACGCUAGCAGCUCAUCAAUAGGUGCGAUGAAUGCAAUUCCGGGUUUUGAUAAUCCUAAUAUGCAAAAUGAAGAUCUCUUGAAAUUAUUUGAAAUUUAUGCAGAUACAGAUCAAACCCAGUGGUAA